CGCGGUGCGCCGUGCUCCCCGGCCCGCCGCGCUGUCCCCCCCCGCGACCACUUGGUGACGGUCGCCUCCCUGCGGACCUCAGGGCCCUUUAAAUACCGGCGUGGAGGGGGUGGGUAGGGCCUGGACUUGCGGUCUGAGAGUUUCCACACUGUGUUGUACUCGGCGAGGGGACAAGGGGACAAGGGACAUCGCACCCCUGGCCCGCGUCGCUCGUCGCCGAUCUCCUCCUUUGCGCUGGACCGGAGCCGCCUCCGUCCACGCUUGGCCGCGCCAUGCCACUGCACGGUGAGAAGCAGCACGCGGCGGAGGACCGGCCGAGCGACCCGGAGGACUUGGACUCCCCACGCUGCUCCGAGAGCCUGGCUUCGCUCAGCGACUGCGAGUGCUCGGGGCAGAGCCUCGCCAGCGACUCCUCCAGCAAGUCCAGCUCUCCUGCCUCAUCGAGCCCGCCCAGGGUCGUGACCUUUGAUGAAGUCAUGGCUGCAGCCAGGAACUUGUCCAACAUGGCCCUGGUCCACGAGAUCGCCGUCAAUGAGAAAUUCCAGCUGAUGAAAGAGGACCUCCCGGAGCACAGCUUGGCCGGGCGAGUGAAGAGUAUCAUGCACCAGGCCUUCUGGGACGUCCUGGAAGCAGAGCUGAAGGCCGAGCCCCCCAAGUACGAACUCGCCAUCAGGCUGUUCGAGGAGAUCAGAGAGAUCCUUCUCUCUCUCCUCACCCCCGGUGGGAACCGGCUCCGCACCCAGAUCUGUGAGGUGCUGGACACGGACCUCAUCAGGCAGCAGGCUGAGCACGGCACUGUGGACGUCCAAGGCCUGGCCGCCUACGUCAUCGGCAUGAUGGGCAGGCUGUGUGCACCCGUGCGGGACAACGACAUCCGGGGCCUGAAGGCAACCGGCAGCAUCGUGGAGGUGCUGAGACAGAUAUUCCACGUGCUGGACCUCAUGAUGAUGGAUAUGGCCAAUUUCAUGAUUCAGAGUCUCCGGCCUCUUGCGCAGCGCCAGUUGGUAGAAUAUGAGAGAGCCAAGUUCCAGGAGAUUUUAGAGGAAACUCCAGAUGCCCUCAGUCAGACGACAGAGUGGUUAAGAGAAUCUGUGCAGGAAGAACUGCUUUCUCUACCUCCCGGGGCUGAAGAUCACUCCACGCCAAGCCCGAGCCCGCGGCGGGUGCUGAAUAACAGUUACCUGAAGCUGUUGGAGUGGGAUUACCAGAAGAGAGACUUACCCGAGACACUCCUGACAGAUGGAGCCCGGCUUCAGGAGCUGGCAGAGAAGCUGCCCCAGCUGAAGACGAUGGCGUGCCUAUGGCUGAUCACCAGCAGCACGGUGGGCGCCGUCACGGAAGGCCUGCCCGGGCUGGAGCACAGGUGGAAGAGGGUGGCCGCCGUUCUCCUCGAGGACAUGCACAGGGAGACCUUUAAUCUGCAGGACGCGUUGUGUUCCAUUGGUGUCCAGACUUGUGCUGAGCUGAACAGGGCGCUGGCAGACAGAAGCUUCCCAGCUUUGGGUGCUGAGGUUCAAGAUAAUCUCGUAGGUCAAUUUUCCAGCCUCAAGGAGGAGAACAAUCCCAUCCGCUCCUUGAUUGAUAAACGAAUCCGGCUCUACAUGAAAAGCCUCCUUUGCCUUCCGGCCCCCCUCAAGUCCAUGCCCCCCAUCCCAGGGGGCCUGACUGUCAUUCAGCCAGAGCUGGAAGCGCUGGGGACUCAAUUCGUGAACCUUGUGAACCUGAACAUGCAGGUGUACGGACCGUUCUAUGCAAAUAUCCUCCGAAAGCUGCUGUUCGGGGCGGAGGCCAGCCAGGAGGUGGGCGCCUCGCUCCCGGCCAACUGAAGACGAGCUGGUGCCAGGGCGGAGAUGGUGCCCAGCACGCAGACGCCCGUCACUUUCAUGGUGGCAUUACAGACCCAGCGUGGUCUCAGUACUGGCCUGGUACAGGCUUGGGUCUGUGUGCUCUGGCAAUGUUAGGUCACAAGACACAUCAGGUCACACAGACUCCAUUUGCACAUCUUUUUCAAGUUUAAAACAGACAUUUUUAACAGACAGAGGAAUUUGUAAUUAUAUUACCUACAUAAUACUUGGGUCUUCUUCAACAUUUGUAUUUGGCUUGUACUUUCAGCCUGCAAGAGGCUUUCCUCGUUUAUUACUAAUCCUAUCAAAUGAUUUUGAACUUGAGUAUAACUCCUUCAGGGUUGAAAGUUGAAAGCCAAAAAAAAAAAAAAAAAAAAAAA